CUCUCAAAUUAUUCCAUACAGUUGCUUUUCAAAAAUUUCAUACAGUUACAAUGUCUCCAUCCGGUUCUACCAGAUGGUGUCCAACUCCAGAACAGCUGAUGAUCUUGGAGGAACUGUAUAGAAGAGGAGUGAGAACUCCAAAGGCUUCUCAGAUACAAAAAAUCACAGCCCAUCUCUCUUAUUUUGGUAAAAUACAAGGGAAAAAUGUGUUCUAUUGGUUUCAGAAUCAUAAAGCUAGAGACAGGCAAAAACUCAGGAAAAAACUCAUCAGCAAGCAACAACAGCCGUUUGUUCUUGAUCAUCAGCAUGCCCACUACAACAAUCUUGAUUCUCGUAUCAUGUCUCCAGCUUUCCAUCAGAUACCUGGCUACAAUUCAGCAGAAAAUAAUCAUCAGGGUGUAGUUGAAGAAGAUACUGGAGGCCAAAUGGUGGAUUACUCAUGGAAGUCUGAUCUUCCGAAAGAUUGCAUGAUCAGACCAUGUCCUCAUGAUUUCAUGAUGAUUAUGGAAUUGGGUCCCACUUUCCAUUACUGUAGUAACCCUAGGCCCCUCCAAACCCUGGAACUCUUCCCCAUAAGAUCCCCCAACGUGAAGGAUCAAGAAACUUAACCACCUUUCUCUUUCUAUAUCUAUCAAUUUCUUUGUGUUUUCAGUGUUGUGUUUUGCUGUAGACUUGGAAAUAUCUGAAUUGUCUAGUUUGGCAGUAAUCAGUAUUGUUUCUGCUCCUACAGUCUAUUAACUGUUUCCAUUAUUAUAUAAUGUACUGUUUCCAAUC